GUGCAGCUAGCACAAUCUGAAGCACAUCUGUGUAUGCUGCAUGUCCUGAUUCAUCACCGGGGGGGUCAACUCCUAAGGAGCGGAUGAAGAAACAAAUUUUGCUUUUAUUCACGUUUAGAGGGAUAGUGAGAAAAGGCAAAAAAGGGAAAAAAAGAAAAUGGCCAAUUUUAUAUUACGGAAGGCCCAACCAACUGACGUGUGCGACAUACUGCGACUCAUAAAGGAACUUGCCAAAUUUGAAGAGAUGGAGGAGCAGGUCAUCCUAACCGAGAAAGAGCUGCUGGAAGAUGGCUUUGGAGAGCAUCCCUUCUACCACUGCUUAGUUGCUGAAGUCCCAAAAGAAAAGCAAACAUCUGAAGGCUACACUGCGAUUGCCUUUGCCAUGUACUACUUCACCUAUGACCCUUGGAUUGGAAAGCUGCUUUACUUAGAGGACUUCUUCGUCAUGCCAGAGUUUCGAGGUUUCGGCAUUGGCUCAGAGAUCCUAAAGGUCUUAAGUGAGACGGCAGUAAGGACUCGCUGUAGCAGCAUGCACUUCAUCGUGGCAGAAAAUAACACUAAGUCUAUCGAAUUCUACAAGAGAAGGGGGGCCGCUGACCUUUCCUCCGAAGAGGGGUGGCGCCUUUUUGCUAUUGACAAAGGGGAGCUGUUGAAAAUGAGCAACAAAUGAAGUUUUCUUGUAUCCUGCAUGCUACUGAUACAGUAUAUUUUCCAAAACUCUUCCAUGCUUGUCAAUCCAAUGUAAAAAGAGGAAUACAAUUUGUAAUUUCAUGAUAUGAUGAUUAUAUCGCAGAGACAUGUGUAUUGAUUUUAAUUGUUUUUAUACGCCUAUCAAAUAAUAUUUCAGAAUAAUUAGUUUAUCCUUUACCACAACAGUUUAUAUUCAUACAUUACAGAUAUUGAUCCAAAAGUGAGCUGGGCUUGUUUUUUAGAGGGAUUAUUAUUUUUGCCAUCCCUUCCAAUAAAGACUGUUUUAAA